AUGACAAACGUUUAUCUGCUCCAUCUUCCAACUGAAAUAUUCCAUUGCAUUUUCGAUUAUCUCGACACACCAACUAUUUUGCGUUCAAUUCGAUGUGCUUGCAGUCAACUUCAUGCAAUUGUUAAUACUUAUGACCACUUUGAACUUGAGUUCAAAUCUAUUGACAUAGAUCGUAUCAAAUUUAUAUCGGAUGUUAUUGGUAUUGAAAAUAUAACUUCUCUAAUAUUUUCUAUUGGAAACAGUAAACAAUCAAAUAAUAUUGAUUUAGCUCUAUCGAUAUUUACUACUCGACAAUCUAAUCGACUUCGUUCAUUGACUCUUCUUGAGAUUUUUCACAGUGACCUAAAUCAAUUAUUACCAUGUAUCAAUGCUCUCAGUUUAGUAUCACUUACAAUUCAUUUAUGUGGAACAUAUGCUAUUUCAACAAAUACUCCUCGUUCAAUAAUAACGCUUCAAUCAAGUCUUCAAAAAUUCCACUUAAAAGGUUUACAUAGUAUAACAAAUACCUUAUCAUGGCCAACACACUGUAUAUUGCAGUCUCUAACAAUAGAAUAUUGUAGUUUUAAAGAAUAUCAAUUUAUUCUUGACCACUGUCCCCUUUUGCGAACACUUGUAAUAGAACGAUGCUCACUGUAUGAUAUAAAUGUUAGAACUAUGACAACGUCUACGUUUCGAUCCUAUACACAACUAACUUCACUAAUAAUGUGCAACAUUUAUUUAUCUUUCGAUGAACUGAGUGUACUUUUGUCUUUAACGCGAUCACUUAUUAAUUUAAAAAUAAUCAGUUGGUCAGGAAAUUUCUACUCUUUAUGCGACGGAUCUAAAUGGGAAGAAUUCAUUCAAAACAAAUUACCGCGCUUGAAUAAUUUCGAAUUCUGUUUUCGACAAACUCUUGAUUACAAUAAUAAUCAUCCUAGUCACCAUUCAAUUAUAAAUCUAUAUCGAACACCAUUUUGGCUUGAGAAAAAACAUUGGUAUGUUACAUGUGAUUGUGUUAUACGUUCAUCAUUCGCAUCUGAAAUAAUACUUUAUACAAUGCCAAUCAAAAUAGAUAAUAUUCGACUCAUAAUUAGAUGUCAAGCAUUAUCAAUGGAUAAUCUUUGUUAUUUCACUAAGUACCAGUUAAAUCACCAAGAUGAAAUCAGUGAAAGAGAAGUAUGUAUAAAAUGCUCUUCAAUUACAGAUAUUAAUGAUCUAUUUUUUGAUUGUUGA